UUAUCCCCGCUUUCGACAGUUUUCGAGAAGACACUCUGAGAAAAUGAUCCCUAUAAAAUAAUGGCGUGAAAAUAAUUUCUUCACAAUACCGACGCAGAUCGUACAAUAAACAUCUGUGUUUGGAGUUUUGGAGGUCAAGUCCUAUGGCUUCCAAGUUAAUUGUGUUGUUGGUACUACCAGCAUUAGCAAGUUAUUGUGCUGCAACAUUUGGAAAGGAACACGUUCAUAUCCGAGUGCAUCUUCUCCCCCCAAAGCAUCACGAGCACCAUGACGACGGUGGACACAAAGAAAUUAUAACCAUCCAUGGUGGCGGUGGUGGAUUUGGCGGCGGCGGAGGAGGAGGAGGAUUUGGAGGUGGAGAUCACCAUGGAGGCGGUGGCUACGGAGGCGGUGGCGGAGGAUUCGGAGGUGGAGAUCACCAUGGAGGUGGCGGCUACGGAGGCGGCGGCGGAUUUGGAGGAGGUGAUGACCACCACGGUGACGCAGGUUUCGGUGGUGGAUUUGGAGGCGGCGAUGAUCACCACGGAGGAGGAGGAGGUGGCUUCGGAGGAGGCUUUGGAGGUGACCAUCACAGUGGCGGUGGAGGAGGAUUCGGAGGCGACGAUCAUCACGGAGGUGGUGGAGGAGGUUUCGGCGGCGGAUUCGGAGGAGGCUUUGGAGGAUCUGACCACCAUGGGGGAGGAGGCUAUGGUGGCGGUGGUGGACAUGGCCAUGGCGGUGGCACCAUUGUACUUAAUACCGCUGGCAGUGCCAUAGGCAGCCUACUCAGCGGAGGAGGUGGAGGAGGAUAUGGAGGUGGAAGCGAUGACCAUCACGGUGGGGGAGGAUAUGGAGGCGGAGGAGGUGGUUUUGGAGGUUCUUCAUAUGAUAGUCACCAUGGAGGAGGCGGUGGAGGAGGCUAUGGAGGAGGAUUUGGCGGUGGUUUUGGAGGUUCUGCUGGAGGUCAUGAUAGCCAUCAUGGAGGUGGUGGAGGAGGAGGAUACGGAGGUGGUUUUGGAGGUUCCUCUGGAGGUCACGAUAGCCAUCAUGGAGGUGGUGGAGGAGGAGGAGGAUAUGGAGGUGGAUUUGGAGGUUCCUCUGGAGGCCACGACAGCCAUCAUGGAGGUGGUGGAGGAGGAGGAUACGGAGGUGGUUUUGGAGGUUCUUCUGGAGGUCAUGAUAGCCACCAUGGAGGUGGUGGAGGAGGAGGAUUCGGAGGUGGUUUUGGAGGUUCCUCUGGAAGUUACGAUAGCCAUCAUGGAGGUGGUGGAGGAGGAGGAUACGGAGGUGGAUUUGGAGGUUCCGCUGGAGGCCACGACAGCCAUCAUAGUGGUGGCGGAGGAGGUGGAUAUGGUGGAGGUAUCGGAGGUGGUCACGGUAGUGGCGGCUUCACUCCUAGCGCUGGUGGCCAUGGUGGUGACAAUGGUGGUUACCACUACUAAUUUCCGUACUUUAUGCCAAAGUACCCCUCAAUCAAGUCUGUGUCAAUUAGCUCCUAAGUCCUUUAUUUAUCGUCACUUAUAUGUGUCACGUAUGCCGUAUGAAUGUUUUGUAUAUAUUGUUAAGUUUUAACUUUGUUGCAAUAAAUUUUUAUAAGAUAA